AUGAAAGCAUACAAACUCGUUCAAUGGGGCCAGCCAGGGGAGUAUGUGCAGGUUCCGAAGCCCAAGCCCGGCCCCAUGGACGUCUUGAUCCGGGUCAAGGCAUCAGGCCUCUGCCGCUCCGACCUGGACAUGAUGGACACGCAGCCAGGCCAACCACCCUACGCCACCGCCAUCAAGCCUGGUUACAUCUUGGGCCACGAGACCGCCGGCUACGUCGAGGAACUCGGUGAGCUGAUCACCGACCUGAAGAAGGGCGAGGCCGUGAUCCUUCACCACCUGCGGGUGUGCGGGUUCUGUGAGUACUGCAUCGCCGGGGUCGAGCAGAACUGCGAGUUUUACCGUGUGGGCGACAUAGGGGAGACGCGAGGAUGCGGUAUUGACGGUGGGUUGGCCGAGUUCAUCGUCGCGCCUCGGUCGCAGAUGAUCUCUCUCGGAACUUGCGACCCCGUCAUCUACGCCCCAUUAGCGGAUGCCGGAAUCACGGCCUAUUCAGGCUGCCAGCAGUUCGUAUCUAGACUGCGGCCCGGCAUGUCGGCGGUUGUUAUUGGCGUCGGUGGUCUAGGAUCCUUUGCCGUCCAGUUCCUCAAAAUCCUCUCGGGUGCGCAAGUCAUCGCGGUCGAUAACUCCGAGGACCGGCUUAAAAUCGCAACCGAUGUGGGCGCGGAUGCUACCGUGCUCUCCGGCGACGGCGCCGUGGACAAAGUAAAGGAAAUCACAAAUGGUCGCAUGGUGGACGCCGUCAUCGAUUUUGUCGGCAUCGACCAGACCCUCCUCUUGGCAACCAAGAUCCUGCGGCCGCAGGGCCAUAUUUCCGUCGUUGGGAUGGACGGCGGCUCGGUACGGCUGGGGUGGAACUACAUGCCUACCAACGCGACGUUUUCCCUGUCGUUCGCUAGCACGCGCGCUCACUUGCGCGAGGUGUGCAAGUUGGCCAUGGACGGCAAGCUCAAGAUUGACGUUGACAGGUUCAGUUUUGACCAGAUCCCGGAGGCGUACGAUAGAUUGAGGAAUGGCAAGCUCAAGGGUCGCGCAGUGGUGGUGAUGGAUGACGCGUAG